AUGACCGAGAGCCAAUCACCUGUGAAGGUAACAUCGAAGCGCCGCGUCGAGUAUAGAAAGAGCGGUUGGAAAGUUCACGACUUUGAAGUGUGGAGUGGUGAAAAGAUAUGCAAAGUAGCAACAAUUUGUAUGGGUGGGUCUCUGCUUGUGUGGGUUGGAGGAGAACAAGCAAAGCUGUCUGAGAUGGCUUUGGGGAUGCCCGCACAGCGAUCAGAAGAUGCCCUAGGGACCACACUCUUUGGAAAAGAGCAUAACGUGACAUCACUGGCAUGUCGGCUUGCUACUCGUCUCUCCAAGCCUGUUUAUGUUGGUAGUGGGCUGGUCUUUGACCGUUUCACUGCACCCUUAGUGGAAAAAGGAAUCGCUUUGGAAAUCAAACAACACCCAGAGUAUUUCACUUAA